AUGCUAUAACAAAUAACAUUAAGAAAAUUACCAAUUUUCUCAAAUAAAUUAAUGAGCAUGACUAUAAUAAAAGUGACUAUUCUAUUCAAAAUUAUAUUGAAACAUUCCAAUCUCUUAUUAAUAAGAUAAAAAGAGAAUAUUAUAUCUUUUUUUUAAUUUCUUGUUCAACUUAUUGCUAUAGAUGAAAAUUUGAUAUAAUAAUGUGGAUCAAAUUUACUAGAUUUAUUAAUAUAGAUGAAAGUUGAUCAAAAAUUUCAAUUUUUUAAAAGAUUAAGAUUCGAUACACUUCAUUGCAGGGUGCCAAUUUAUUUAAAUGCAAUUUAAGUAGAUCUGAAUUUGAUAAUGUAGGUAUAAGCUGGGUUAAUUUAAAUGGAGCAUUAUUAAUUAAUUGCCAAUGGAGAACAUCAAAACACAUGAAUUGAAUAAAUUGGAUGGUCUUAGUGGAACUGUUCAAUCUUUAUGCUUCUAGCUGGAUUGUACUACAUUUGCAUCAGGUGAUAAAUCCAUUCGGUAAUGGGAUUUUUAGACAGGAUAAACAAAAGCAAAAUUUGAAGGUUAUAAUGGAAGAGUUCUCCCAGUUUGUUUUUCUCCUGAUGGGAAUAUACUAGCAUCAGGUAGUGAUGAUAAGUCUAUUCGUUUAUGAUAUAUUAAGACAGGAUAAUAAAUUCGACCUUUUUAUAAUAAUUAUGAAGAAAUUCUAGCAUUAUUCAAAAUCCCCUAUUUAUAUAAAAUUCUCUUUUGGAGGGUAAUAUUUGUAUUUUAAACUUAUUUAGUCACCAAGAAUAUUUCUAUUCAUCUUAUAUCUCAAUAGGCAAAAAGAAGAAUUUAUUAGUUAAUCAGAUAUUGAUUUAACUAAAUUAAAUUAUCAAAAAGGAGGUUUCAAAUUGGAAAGUUCAUUAGAAUUAAAUUAACGAUGAUGUAUAUUGCAAUUAAGAAAUAUAAAAUUCUAAUUAUUUUUCUGAAUCCUAGAUUGAAAAAUCCUUUAUUUAAUUUAAUCUUUGGGUAAUUGUCAAAUUUNCAAUUAACAUUAAAAAAAUUACCAAUUUUCUCAAAUAAAUUAAUGAGCAUGACUAUAAUAAAAGUGACUAUACUAUUUAAAAUUAUAUUGAAACAUGCAAAUCUCUUAUUAAUAAGAUAAAAAGAGAAUAUUAUAUCUUUUUUUAAUUUCUUGUUCAACUUACUGCUAUUGAUGAAAAUUUGAUAUAAUGUGGAUCAAAUUUACUAAAUUUAUUAAAAUAAAUGAAAGUUGAUCAAAAAAAUCAAUUUUUUGAAAAGAUUAAGAUUCGAUACACUUCAUUGCAGUGUGCUAAUUUAUUUAAAUGCAAUUUAAGUGGAUCUGAAUUUGAUAAUUUAGGUACAAGCUGUGUUAAUUUAAAUGGAGCAUUAUUAAUUAAUUACCAAUGGAGAACAUCAAAACACAUGAAUUGA